GUGAGACAGUGAUAACAUAGAAAAUGUUUGCUAUAAGUAACAUGUUGUAACAGAGACACACAGAAACAGAAACAGAAACAUGGAGGCAGCAAUGGAGAAGCAGGUGGAGCUUUGUUCAAGAGAAGUUGAAAUGGUAUCAGAACACAUUCAACGACCACAAAAGGAAAAGGGUGGUUUUGUUACCAUGCCUUUCAUCAUGGCAAAUGAGGCACUUGCAAGAGUUGCAACAUUUGGUCUUCUGCCAAACAUGAUAGUGUAUUUGAUGGGGAGUUACCACUUUCAUUUAGCCAAAGCAACUCAAGUGCUUCUAUUGUCCUCUGCAACAAGCAAUAUCACACCACUCAUAGGUGCUUUCAUUGCUGAUUCUUACUUGGGUCGAUUUCUCUCUGUUGGGUUAGGAUCCACCAUCACUUUUCUGGGAAUGUCACUGUUGUGGCUAACAGCGAUGGUUCCACAAGCUCGGCCUCUUCCUUGCAAUCAAGAACCUGAAAGAUGUAAAUCAGCAACAACUGGGCAAAUGACAAUGCUAAUCUCUUCCUUUGCUCUCAUGUCUCUUGGAAAUGGUGGUCUUGCAUGUUCCAUGCCAUUUGGUGCAGACCAGGUCAACAAAAAGGAUAACCCCAGAAACCAAAGGGUGUUAGAAACAUUUUUCAGCUGGUAUUAUGCUUUUACAGCUUUUGCUGUCAUAAUAGCCCUUACAGUCAUAGUGUAUAUCCAAGAUCAUUUUGGGUGGAAACUGGGUUUUGGAGUUCCAGCAGCACUUAUGUUCAUGUCCACUUUAUCUUUUUUCAUUGCUUCUCCACUUUAUGUAAAGCACAAAGUUCAGGGCAGCUUAAUCACUGGCCUAGCACAGGUAAUCGUUGUGGCCUACAAGAACCGGAAGCUUCCUUUACCACCAAGUAACUCAGUUGAAAUGUACCAUCGUAGGAAGGACUCUGAUCUUCUUGCUCCUGAUGAAAAACUAAGGUUUCUGAAUAAAGCUUGCAUAAUUCAAGAUCCUGAAAAGGAUAUAGCCAGUGAUGGAUCAGCCUCGGAUCCGUGGAGUCUCUGCACAAUAGAACAAGUGGAAGAACUAAAAGCUAUCAUGAAAGUGAUUCCACUGUGGUCUACAGGGAUCAUGGUGUCAGUUAACAUUGGAGGAUCUUUUGGAAUACUGCAAGCUAAAUCCCUCAAAAGGCACAUCACUUCUAAAUUUGAAGUUCCAGCAGGUUCUUUUUCUGUAGUCUUGGUGAUUACAAUAUUUCUCUGGGUGGCUCUUUACGAUCGUGCCAUUAUUCCUCUAGCGUCAAAGAUUGUAGGAAAACCUGUUAGGAUCAGUGCCAAGAGAAGAAUGGGAAUUGGGUUGGGUUUCUCUUUACUCCACUUUGCAACUGCAGCAAUUGUGGAGACUACAAGGAGAAGUAGAGCAAUCAGGGAGAGACAUGUUAAUGACAUGAAUGCAGUGUUGAAUAUGUCUGGAAUGUGGCUUGUUCCUCAACUUUUCUUGGCAGGCUUGGCUGAAGCAUUCAAUGCCAUAGGCCAAAAUGAGUUCUAUUACACAGAGUUUCCUAGAACUAUGUCAAGCAUUGCAUCUUGCCUUUUUGGACUUGGAAUGGCUGCAGGAAACUUUUUAUCUAGUUUCAUAUUCAGCACUGUGGAACAUGUUACUUCAAGAGGAGGAAAAGAGGGAUGGGUUUUGGAUAAUAUUAACAAGGGUCGUUAUGAUAAGUACUACUGGCUUCUUGCUCUACUCAAUGCUGUUAAUAUACUGUAUUAUCUAGUAUGCAGCUGGGCUUAUGGACCCACAAUUGAUCAAAUGAGAAACCAGAAGAAUUCAAAUGAGAAACCAUUAGCUCAAAAUGGCACUGUGAGCAAGGCAUCACAUGUCAGUGAAGAAGAUAUUGGCUUAAAUGUGAAAAGAGUUAACUAGAUUUGACAAUGAAUAAUUGAGGGUCUAUUGAAAAUGUAGUCAAAGUUAGUGAAAACAAUGGAAAAAGUAUAUGCUUUACAAGUUGAGAUGUUGAACUUUGUAGGAACAUGCACUACUUAUGUUUUGAUAUGUGUAGUGGUUGCAGAUAUCAGCAGCUAUUGAUGUAUGUAUAAACGGUAUUGGUAUGUCAAGAUGCAUAUUUUCUCCAUAGUAAAAUUGUUACUCUAAUAUAAUUAAAACCAAGGAUGAAACA